AAUUUAUUCUUUUAUUUUAUCAAUUAUUUUUAAAUUCAAGAUACUAGCAAGAAAAAAAUGUUAUUGCCAAUUUGUACCGUGCAGAGAAUUUCUUCAACAAAAAUAAAAUGCUACUGCCUCACUGUUUUGGGGGCACAGUCCAGCGGUAGGGAUGAAUCUUGUUUUUUCGUCCGACGGCGGUUUGGCUCUCCGCGGGCAUAGAGUAUUGAUUUAGCUUGCGGUGCAGGAACGGCGGGCAGUGCUGUCGCUUUUACGCUGAACAAUACUGGCGCUAUCUUUCCACAGGUCAAGGCUUCGCAUUUCUGCAAUUCUAUCGCACUUUUGGUCAUUCAGACGUUACAAAAAUUCAAUCAAAAUGGUGGUCCCUAUACGAAGCUGUUGCCUACUUUUCAAUCUUCGACAAGGAACCAUGCUAAUGGCUGUUGUUGAAUUGAUACUCUCUGCUAUCUGCCUCUUUCUUCUCCUCCUGGCAUCUGGACAUGCUCAGGAAAUGGCAGCUAUGUUAGAGGCAGAUAUUGCUGAAAGUCAACGUUUACCUGUAGAUGAUGAAACAGGAAUUGUCCUAUACCACAACAAUGAAUCCCAACUGCAUAAAGCACAGCACUUAGCAUUUGUUAUGAUUAUAGCUCUCUACACAGGAAUUGCUAUGGUAACAAUUCAUUUGAUUAGCUGUGUUCUUCUCCUGUAUGGAUCAAUUAUGCAAAUUCGACAAUUUCUUCUGCCAUGGAUAAGCAUUGUUUUAAUAAGUCUGGUAGUAAGCUUCACUGGUCUGUUGGUAUGCAUGAUUCUAGGAUAUGGAACACAAAGUGCACUCAUCAUCUCUUCUCUAGCUAUUCAAAUUCGUUUCUGCUUAUGGUUGGUGGUGUUCAGUUUCUACAGACAAAUUUAUGAAGAACAAGCUGCAAGUUGUGCUGUCCUUGCCCAGCAAGAUAUGAUGAGCAUCAAAGCUGGAUACAUGUAUCCAAUGGCAUUAGACGGGAAGCCUUCAAAUGUGUAGCUUCUAGUGAUUUACACAAACUUGCCACUACGAACUGUGCAAUACAUCAUUAUAUUUUAAAGAGCAGUGUGUGCCAACUUGCACACAGGUAAAUACUCAAAUUAAAAGCAUCAGUUGCUUCAUGAAUUUUAUUAUGUUGAGAGUUAUUUUAUUGCACACAUGAGAUUUUAUUAACCUGUCAUUAAAUAAAAUGCAGGUAUUGUAAGUCCAUAUUUUAUACAAGUAUAAUAGAAAGCCAAGCAGUAAAAUUAGCUCUUUAUACUCCACAUGUUCUGUGAUCAAUGCUUAAUUUUAAGAAGUGGCAUAAUUCAUGACAAUACUUGACAAUUUAGAACAUUUGAUAAGUCAGUUGCAUGUUAUAAUUUUGUUGUGUCAUCAUUUUCGUUGUUGUACAGUCAAAACUUGAUACUACCUCUUUGGUGGAUAGUGUACAUUUUUUGUAAUUGUUCAUUCAAGUAACAAAAAUGUAAAAAGCAUUCAGAACAAAACCAAAAAUUUGUUCUUUAGACAAUACAACACAAUACUGCAAUUCUGAAAUGAAAAUAUACUCACACUAAUUCUUCAAGAAUUCAAUUGAUAAAAACGAUCUUCAGAUGAUUAAUUAUUCUUGAGGAAAAAGGGAAGUAGAUAAAUUAAUUAACAUGCAUCUGGUUAUUUUGUACAAUACCAAUCUGCGCUUAAAAUACACCAAUAAUCUGAUUUUAAAUGCAAUAUGCAUAAAAAAGAUAAAUCUGAAGAAAAGCACAUUAUCAACAUUAUGCUCAUGUGCUUCGCAUGCAUUUCUAAUUCACCUGUUUCAAGUUGAAUAUAGUUGUGAUGAUUGGUAAUAUGGAAUUGUAACAAAACAGCUUCUAAUGUAUACAAUAUGCUAUGAUGAAAAUCAAUUUUCUUUAUAAUUAAUGAGGAGUAACAGAGAAAUGAACAAAAGAAAUUAUAAUUGACAAGUAAUUUCAUGUGUAAAAAUAACCAUCUAAUUCUACCUGUAAUCUCAUAUUUAAACUUACUAAUAUUUGCAAACUGUGCAACCAGUAACUUCCUGGAAUGUGGCAAAUUUUAUUGCCAUUGUUCAUUUAAUGUAAUGUAGUAAAAAUAUGUGAGAGAUGGUAUCUAUUUCUACAAAAAUUAUUUUUCAAAUUAACAUGGGGUAAUAAAUCAAAUUGUGCCAUUCCAAUAAAGUCAUAAAAUUCAUGAGUGCUUUAUUUAAGCCAAUCACGGCACUUUGUAUGUACAAGAAAUUUCAAAUUAGAUCCUACAAGAUAAUACAUAACAUAUUGGUGCAAAAUAUACAUAACCAAAUGUCACAUAGAUUUUCUUACAAUAAAACAUUUAAUAAGUAAUAAUUGUAUUUUGUCUUUUCACAAUCAUAUUUACAUCUCAAUAAUUCCUUUCUUAUCUGGAUCAGAACCAUUUACAACCAAUGUUUAACAUUAAAAAGUAUACGUAACUAUCUACAGAACUUCAGUUAAGCCAGAAAUACAAUAUAUACACAAAAAAGGACAGAACAAUCCUGAUAUGAAUGCAUUUAAGUACUUUCAUCUUACAAAUCAAAAUACACAAUAUUCUGUUAUAAAUAAUUAAAUAAAAUGUGGGAAUCAUAAUACUAUACUUCCUUCUCAAACAUUGAUACAUGUUUCUCAGAAGAAGACAAAUGUGUAUUGUAUUCUCAAAACUAAAGGAUAUCUUCCUUGAUCCAGGCAAGAGACAUGAUUCAAAAUAUUUCCUUUUCAAAUUGACAUUUAUUAAAUUAUUCAAACCAUUACAAUUGUUUUAAGAUAUUUGACUUUGAUGACAUUGACAUAAAAAAAAUCUGCAAAGAAAAUACUCAAUGUUUAAAUGUAAUAACAACCAAAGGCUAGAUCAAAUUAUUACAACCUCAGAAAACAAAAAAAAGAACAUAAUAAAAAUAAUAAUAAACACAUGAAUGAACUAGAAAAUUAAUACUUUGUGGCAUGACUUACUUUUUAAUCCACAUAUACUACUACAAUUGGCAAAUGCAUGUGUUUAGGAAAAAAGCAUGCAUGGAAAAAAAUUGAUUUGAUAAAAAGGUUUUCCCUGCCCUCAAAAAAUUAAAAAAGUUGUACUUUUAGUUAUU